AUGGCCAUGGAAAGGUUGAGAAUGGCUUAUGAAGCAGGAGAUAUCGAUGAAUUGUUUAACAGUAUUAAGGAACAUGCAGAUGUUUUGAGGCUCUAUGAUGAUGCAGAAUUUGCUAAUGCUCCACUACACAUAGCUUCAAAGAGGGGCCAUGCUAAUUUUGCAAUAGCGAUCAUGUACUUAAAGCCGUCAUUUGCUAGGAAGGUAAACCAAGGUGUCUUUAGCUCCAUUCACCUUGCCUUGCAACAAGGGCACAAGUCGACUGUUCUUCGUCUCUUGGACUGUGACAAAUAUCUUGUUCACGUUAAAGAAAAACAGGGAUACACUGCUUUUCACUACGUGGUUGAGAUCAAGAACCUUGAACUUUUGGCUCAAUUUCUCAAAGAUUGUCCCGCAUGCAUCGAAGAUGCAGCCAUUCAAAAGAUGAUUGCUUUACAUAUUGCAACAAAAAAACAUAGAUUUGAAGCUCUUGAAAUCCUUGUGCGAUGGCUUGAAAGGACUCAUCUGAACGAUAAAGUUUCAAGAAAGCACCUAUUGAAUGCAAAAGAUACAGAUGGCAACACGAUGUUACCUAUAGCCGCUUCUCAUAUUCAACCUAAGAUGAUCGGGCUGUUAUUAAACUGUCAGGUGGAUACGAAGGCGAUUGAUUCAAAAAAUUUGAUUGGUUUAAACAUCCUUGACCGCCCAAGGGAUGGUGUAAUUAAAGACAAAGAGAUCAAUUUGAAGAUUCCACGUGAUACGGAAGGUUCUACUAGUUUCAGUGCUUUAUUCAAACCUAAACCUAAAGCUGAACCCUUACACGAGAAGCUUAGAUCAAGGAUCACAUUUUCCGAGAAAGCAACAAUUCGAGCAUUUGGGCCAAUCAUGAGCAUGAUAGUUGAGAGUAUGAAUGCAUUCCUAGUAGUGUUAGCAUUGAUUAUAAUAGCCAUUUAUAAAUCCUUACUCAGUCCACCGAGCGGUGUUUGGCAAGGCAACGAUCCCAAUAACACUAGGGUGGAUGUGAAUUCCUUUUCAAAUUUCUUCGGGAGUCUCUUUUUUCUUUUAGCUAUUUUCACAUUUUUUCUAACCAUUGCCAUACUCCAACUUGCUACUGGCAGUAGCAUCAUCACGAUUCUGGCUGAAAUACUAAUGGCAUUAGUAACUCGAUCUUUCUUUUAUGCGUGGUGGACUAUAAGACCAGCUCAUGAUAUAUAUAUACAGCAAGGAUCCAGAUGA